AUGUCCACUCCUCGAUUUUUCUCGCAGCCCCUGCGAUACCUUCACUGGGCUUCCCUCGAGAAGCCCGCGAUUUUCUGGUCCAUCGUCGUCGGGUCCAUAGGCCCUGUCAUGGUCGUCACAGUGCCUGGCAUCAGAGCGCGGUUAGGCGACCCAAAGAGACCCGAGAUUCCUCUCACAUACCCAAUACCCACCGGUCCUAGAAAACAACUAUCUGGAUAUGAUGACGAGUAA